UGACCAAUUCUAGAGCAGUGGGAGGGAUGAGGGCCCCAGGGACGGAAGACACUGCACUCGGAUGGUGUCAGUGGGAGGAAUAGUGCCCAUUGUUGGUGUCAGUGGGAGGAAUAGUGCCCCAUUGUUGGUGUCAGUGGGAGGAAUAGUGCCCAUUGUUGGUGUCAGUGGGAGGAAUAGUGCCCCAUCAUUGGUGUCAGUGGGAGGAAUAGUGCCCAUUGUUGGUGUCAGUGGGAGGAAUAGUGCCCAUUGUUGGUGUCAGUGGGAGGAAUAGUGCUCCAUUGUUGGUGUCAGUGGGAGGAAUAGUGCCCCAUCGUUGGUGUCAGUGGGAGGAAUAGUGCCCCAUCGUUGGUGUCAGUGGGAGGAAUAGUGCCCCAUCAUUGGUGUCAGUGUGGGAGGAAUAGUGCUCCAUUGUUGGUGUCAGUGGGAGGAAUAGUGCCUUAACUUUGGUAUCACUAUGAGAAUUAUUGCCUCAGCGUUGGCAUC